CGUUGCUCUGUCACCUGGUGCAUCUGUCAAUCUGUGGUUAAAUUAACGUUCCCAACCGGUAUGGACAACGCGGAGCAUGAAAUCGAUACCAAGCAGGAGGAACUGAGGCGCAAAAAGCAGGAGAAGCUGCUUGCGAAAAAGGCCGCUGCACGGGAGGCACAAAAUCAACUGUACCGGGACCACCUGAAACGGGAGCGAGACUUUACAGACCGGACGGAAAAAUCGUUCUUUGCCGAUUGGGAAAGGCUGUGCGCUCAGGUACGCUCGGACCAGCUGACAGAAGAGUUGCGCCAGCAGCAGCAAUGCUUUGGAACUGUUUUCGAUCGGAAAAAUGAAACCAUCCAACGGUUGGUUGGGGCACGGGAUGAGAUACAAGCAGUGCGUACGAAAUGUUUUGCACGGUUAGGGAACGUCAUCGACUACUACAUCCGUCUUAAGGACUAUCUUACAGCAACAAUGCUAGAGCGCUAUGAAACCGAGAGUAAGAAGCUUAUCCACGAGUUCCGCGAAGAAGUCGCAAGCAAAGAGAGCUUCAAUAGCUCAGAAAUGGAGCUGCUGGAUGCUUCACUGGCGGAACUGCUGGCCAAAAUGAAGCGGGAUGAAUUAGCCGACCGCGAGUGGCUGCUCGAAGCCAACAACCAAAACAUAAGCGCGCAAGUGGAAAAGUGUGAAAUUAUUCGCGACAAAAAGUACGCCGAAAUGAGUGCCCUCUACCGGCGGCUUCGGGCCACGCUCGACGACUACUUCCAAACCGUGCUCUACCCGGAGCGGAAACAAUCGUACCAGCGGCUCGUCUACUACACCGAGCUGGAGCAGCAAGCCAUCGAGCAGCGGCGCUGUCAGGUGGCCGUACUGCAGAUGAAGAAAACCCAGCUCGAACACACCCUUACGCUGGCACGGAUAGGCGGAAGACGGAAGUUGCGUACGCGCCACAACUAUCGGCGGCUGCUUGAGAUGAAGUUGCAGCUGCUGAAAGAACAGCAGAAAGAGCAGGACCGCGACCAUCAGCAGUGCAUGAAGUGGAUCUGUUCCUUUACCGAGCAUCUUAGGAAGCUACUCGCGGAACAUCUCGCCUGGGGUGAAAGAAUUGCGAAGGUAGGUCUUAUCUGUACGCAGUACGAAACGGAACAAGAUCAAAAGUAUGCUGCCAAGUGGUUCGGAUGGCAGGAGGCGGAUCGACUCGAUCAGCGCGAGCACGACGAUACGUACGAUACCUUACUGAACAAAAUCAAUCGUGUAGAAGCGAUGAACAUUGUGCUGCGGGAGGAGCGAACCCGUUUGCGGGACGAAAAUAAGGCCCUCAAGACGAAAUUUAAAGCUUACUGUGGACUGCACAAAAUCACCGAUCCGGAAAAGUUGCUUCUGUGUGGCCAUGAAGUAGUGCCCCCGUCGGUCAACCGUGAAUAAAACAAGUUAGGACAGCCCCGAUGAUGGGUGCGUUUUUAA